CUUCGCCUUUCCAAUUAGAAAAACAAAACUACUACUGUAAACUGUAACGCCAGUUUUGAAAUUUGUAAACAAAAGUUAUAAAUUUGGUUAAAUAUGAAAAGAAAUGAUGUGAAAGUAAAGAAAACACUAGUAAGAAAUUGUGAACAGAAAAUUGAACAGAAGAAACACGUCGCACAUGGAGUCGCUAGUACAUCCAAAAUUACCGGGAUUAAUUUACAUGAUACAGAACUGAGUAAACCGACUCUCUGUUCUAGUGAAUUGUUUGCAAACUAUUUAACGAAUGCAAAAAAAACCCUUGCAUCGAAAGUUCUGGUUUCGAAUUCCAAUAAAAAGGAUGUUAAUGCUACGUUAACAAAGAAACUAAAUUUCCAUUUCAAUGAGAAAAUAUACCGGAACCUCAUAGAAUUGAAUUCGAAUGACAUAGAAACAAGAAAAAACGACAAGAGGCCACCAGCUACAAUAUCUACAAAACGGGAUUUAGAACCAGAUAUUGAAGACUUUUAUGAAAACAACAAGGAGGAUGAUAGUCCGCCACAGAUACAAACAAUUAGGCACAAGUUUAAACCUGUGAAAAAAGUUGAAAUGGGACAGUUACAUAAAUUAGUUAAUAAAUAUGAAAAUUUAUGAUAUUUAAUGAAAUUAUUGUUGUGCAUAAACAAGUCUUGAACAUUUCUGAUGUUGCUGCCAUUAGGCUCACACCAAUAUGUGGGCUAUCUGUUAUCACCUGUAUUUAACAGCAAAUGAAAAAUGUAUACAUAAUACAAAAAGACUUCCCAAAUCUGAAACUGUAAAUACCACCCUAUUAUUAUUACCAAUAUCAGAUAGGUGGUGGGACUCUAAAACCUAUGACAGCAACCCUCAUAUUUCUGUCGUGACCACCCUAAAACAUUGAAUAUCCUCUAGGUCCGAAUCCAGUGGCCUAAAAUGGACUGGGACAGACAUUCUUUAUCUUCUCGGGGCAGAGUAUGGGCUUUCUGACAAAUAUUUGUCUGACCAUAAAAUAAAACAAUGACCAUUUGUAAUUUUUGAAAAUUCCUAUUUUGAAAAACGUCAGAUUGAAGAUGAGACCGAUAUUCCCAAGCGUGUGUUUAUUUUUGACCAUUUGACAUGGGGUGCCAACAGCAUUAAUAAGUUAUAGACAGUCACAAUUUAUAUUGGGUUCACUUUCAGGAACUUCUGUUAGGGAUCAAUACACUGUAGUUAGUAAAUUUAUCAAAUUUAUUAAUCAUUCUUAUUGUUACUGGCAUUGAAUUCACAGAGAUAUGAAAAAUGAAAUUUUAAAUAUAAUUAACAUUAAAACUUAUUGGUUUUUUCUUCUUCUAUAAUCAACAUGACAUUAAUACUGUUAGCUUUAAGAAAAAAUAUGUACAUAACUACAUACAGGCUACACAAAAACCAUAAUCGUUAUAAUUUUAUGUGUAGGAGCGAGCAGUCAUUCAAACAGAGGUUAUCACAUACUACAAUUUAGCUGAUAACAUUUGUAACUAAGUGAUAAUGUAAAGAACACUGUAUCGAUUGUUCAAAUGUUAUUAUUAGAUUUAGCUUCAUCGUGCUGGGUUGCUAACUUUGAUAAGUCUCCCUAUAAAUCCCGAAUUAAUUUGUGCCACAAUACCAUAAAUAAACACAACUUCGAUUAUUUCUUGAAGUUAUACUUCUUUAGGCGCGUUAUUAAAAAUUGAUGAGAGUGAAAUUUUACGAUGUGCGCGCACCGUGACACAAA